AUGAAGCAAGGAAUUCCGGCUGAAAAUCGCGGAAAGGAUAUUGUUCCGGUUGAGGUGAGGCUUUAAAAUUUGAAAAAAUCGGAUUUUGUGAGAAAAUUUCAGCUUUUUAGCUCAAAAAACAGUAGAAAAUUCAGAUGAAAUGGGAUUUUUGAGCAAUUUUGGACCAAAAAAUGCACGUGGCAAAAUUUCGAACUGUGACUAGGGGCUCCAGUUGAGCGUGUCUCCGUCUUAGGGAAAAAUUGUUAGGAAAAAAUCGAGCAAAGACUUUUGCAUCUAAGAACUGAAUUUUCCAUGAGGAUUUUGGUAUUUUUGACAUUUGAAUUUUUGGCCUCCAUAGCCCCCAAAUCAACAAACAAAAUUUUAUUUUUUGGACACCUGCUUCUAAACAAAAUGAAGUCAUCAGAGUAAAUUGUUUUACAGAAUGAUGAUGGAAAGAAGGAGUUGCAAGAAUUCGUGAAAAACUACUCGAAUAAAAUAUCGGGUCUUAAAAGAGUGAGUUGAAUUGAAAAUUUGGAAAUGUUUUUCAUAGCUGGCUUAGGGGAUAGUGGAAAACUUGUUUUUGGAUUAUCUUACUUUUUGAAAAACCUUAGGUUGAAAAUAUUACUUAGAAAAAAUUAUGCUCGACUGUAUUUAGCGUUCCACUCUCUGACAUUUUGAAUUUCAGUUCGAACUAGUGCGAAUAGCCAAAUCAUUGGUCAACUUGCACCAGAUUACAAGAACUGUUCUGGACCGCAAAUGGAAAAGGUUCUUGGAAUGAAAACUGUUCAGGUAAAUAAAAAAUAUAUUUUUUUAAUUUUGAAAAUUAAUUUUUAAGGCGCUUUGGAAAUGUUCAAUCACUAUUGAAGAGUAUCCAGAAUCAGUAGAAAAACUUAUUCAAAUUCAAAACCAGAAGAAAUUGAAUAAGAACUUUCUCGAGAAAAUAGCUACUCGAACAACAUUUGGGAUUCGUGAAGCUCUCGAAUUGAUCGAGGAAUAUGAACAAUCGACCGAGAAGCCAGCUGAAUUUCUUGUAGUAAGUGAUUUUAAGUAUUUGAUAUUUUUCGCUCCGGAGUUAGGAAAAGCUUUAAUUUCAACCUUUGUUAUUUUUUGGGCUCCAUUUAACAAGGGACUAUUUUAACUCAACACUUCAAAUCAUAAUGCAAUUUUCACAGUACGUUGAUAUACGGAUAAAAAUAAGUCUCUCAAAUUUUUAGUCUCCCAAUGGACGCGUGAUUUUUCUCACAUGUCCAUUGGGAGCCUAAUAAUUUUAGAGCUUCAUAAAAAUCGCAUGAUACUGUGAAAAUUUCACCGUGAUUUGAAGUUUUGAGUAAGUAAGGUUUCCUUGUAAGUGUUUUAGUUAUAUUUUUCAGAGAGUGGAACGAAUGGUGACAUUCCGUUCCAGAGGAAUCUCGGAGACGGAUGAAGAUGAUUUCAAAAAAAUGUAUCCAAAAUUGGAUUACAACAAGUUCCUGGUGUGAGUGAUUUUCAGCGUAAUCCUCUGAAAGAUGUAUAAUGUUUUCAGUAGCUUCAAGGCUUCAAAAAAGCCAAUUUCGUUUGACCAAAUCUUGAUUAACAAGAAAAAGUUUGACGAUGGCAAUGGAAUAAUGGAGCUCGGAAGAAAGAAGAGGCAAGAAAAGAAGAAGGAAGUAAAUAAAUGA